UUGAAAGUAAAUAUGUAUUAAACGAUCUGGUGAAGGUAAUUAAAAUGCAGUAACAAUAAUUCUAAUAAUGGACAAUUAUUUAUCAAUUUCAUUUUGCAAGUGAUGUGGCCGACAUAAUGUGGAAAAUAAUACCAAAUUCCAGCUGCAUACUUGAGCCAGAAGAGCUGCGUUACUUAAAACAAUUAUUAGCUAAAAACAUAUGUAAUUGUAAAAUUUGUAAAGGUUACGAAAAAUCAUUGGAAAAUAUUAUAGAUUACCAUGACAAGCAAAAUCAAGUGACAGAACAAUGUUUUGUCAAAGAAAUAUCUAGAGCUGUAUCAGCUCAAAAAUUUCAUCAAGUCCCAUCUCUACACAACACUCUCUGUCCGGGGUGUUAUAUGGCCUUAAAUUUAAGUCGUCAAAAAGAUGUUAAGAUUUUUAAAGAUGAGGAAAUUGAAACCAAGACAGAAAUGUUUAGUUGUGACAAAUCAACCGAGAAAGCGUAUAACGUUGCUGAGAAAUCUACUUCAGAUACAAAACAAUGUGAGCUCAGUCAUAAUGCCGUUGCAUUAGAUAAAGUUGGUUCUGAAGUAUCAAAUGCUAAUGUUGAAGAUCAAGAUAUUAGCAUGAGAAAAGAGCCAAUGGCUUACUUAGAGUAUAAAGAAGAAACUCCUGAAACGGCGCCUAUUUAUAACAACUGCCAUUGCAUGUCCAACUUUAUUAAUUCUAUUAGACCACCUUUAAGAAAUUGUGACAUUUAUAAUCAAUAAUCCCUUCUUUUGUUUAUUACUUUAAUUAAUUAUAUACGCAAUGGAAUCCUUGUUUUGCAAUAUGACAA